GCUUGAAAGUCACAUUAACGGGAGAAAAAAGCGAAGUGUCGUUUCUCUGUCAUUUUUUUGUUGUAGAAACGCGACAGACGAAGCUCACAACACGAGACAUGAAUCAAGAUUUUUGCGUCGGUUCGUCUCCAAAGAAGGACAUCACUGGCAUCAGCCGCGCAAAGAGCUAAACGUCCAAAUUAACGAGUCGGAUUUUUGGCAUUUUUUACAGAUAUUUUUAUCGGUUUGUAGCCUGAUCGUCGCGGGAUCUGGGUGUGAAAAUCAUGGCUUUCUUCGUGAAAAAGAAGAAGUUUAAGUUCCAGACCCAUUUGACGCUGGAGGAGCUGAGCGCAGUGCCUUUUGUGAACGGAGUGUUGUUCUGCAAACUGCGGCUCCUGGAUGGGGACUUUGUGGCCACUUCUACGAGGGAGGAAGUUCAUGACCACUGUGUGCGCUGGAGGAAGAGGUUCACCUUUGUGUCUAAGAUGAGCGCUAACCCCCAAACUGGAGUCCUGGAUCCAGCAGUCUGCAGAGUUUCUGUCAGGAAGGAACUGAAGGGGGGCAAGACCUACUCCAAGCUGGGCUUUGCAGAUUUGAACAUGGCGGAGUUUGCUGGCUCUGGCUCCACUGUGCGCUGCUGUUUACUCGAGGGCUACGACACUAAGAACACCAGACAGGACAACUCCAUCCUCAAGGUGAUUAUUGGCAUGACGCUGCUUUCUGGAGACCCUUGUUUUAAAACGGCUCCAAGUUCAGCCAAAUCAAUCACAGUUUCUGGUCGUGAGCCAGCCCUCCAGAUGGAUUGCAAAGGAGAGGGGACCACGGCCGAACCUCUGCCCAGCUCCGGAGGAGUGUCUCUAGGACGCAGUGCCAAACCUCGCCCCUCCAUCAUCAGCUCAGGUCUUUUGGAGGAGUCCGAGUCAAACCCGAGUCAGCCUGAAGUUUUCCAGUCAGGUCACUCCCGAAACUCCAGCUACGCUAGCCAGCAUAGCAAGAUCUCAGGCUACAGCACAGAACACUCGUGCUCCUCCAGCCUGUCGGACCUAACCCACCGAAGGAACACCUCCACAGGGAGCAGUGCAUCUGGGUUGGGCUUCAGCUCAGAUCCCCCUGAAGUCUCUCCUCCAGAGCCUCCAUCCUCCACACGACCAGACAAACCCCCCAGGCCCCCACGACCUGCCCUACCCCCAAACAGGCCUGCCAGGAGGAAGCAGGACUCAGUGGAGAGCCAUCCCUCUUGGGUCAACGACACUCGAAUCGACGCGGACGACAUCGUAGAGAAAAUCGUGCAGAGCCAGAACUUUGCCGACCUCAACCACACUGAAGACAGUAACCUGCGUUUGUUUGUGAGCAGAGAUGGCACCACAGCUCUGAGCGGUAUCAGGCUUGGGACCAGAGUGUCUGCUGGAGGGUAUGAACCAGUUGUGAUUGAAACCCACUGAAGUCCUGUUCUAGUCCUGGUUUGAUCGGGGUCGGUCCUGGAGCUCCAGCCGGUCUGCAGCUGUGAGGGGACCAUCCAAUUGUGCACUUUAUUCAAACCUCAUUCAGAAAUGUACAACCACUACUACGUUUACUCAAGACACUAAUUAGAGUUUAUUUUAGUCACUGUUUUAAAUGGACAGCAAUCAAACCAAGCAUGUUGUGUUUUCAUUGCUGAAAAUUAGUUAUAUGUUACACAUUGCAAAAAGAUUUAAAGUGCAUAAGACAGGUUUUCAUGUUUUUGUAAUUACUUCAUUUGGUGGGAUAGAACCUGCAUAUAUUUCUUAUAGUUUCAUAUCGGUUAAGUGUCAGAUUGUGGAAAAGGUUGAGAGGAAAAGUACAAAAAUACAGAGUUUUAAAGCAGAAAAAAAUCUUCCGCAAUCCCAAGGUAGAGAACCAAUUGUUUGGAGUAUAGUUGGUAAGUAACAGUUAUGGAAUUACCUGUAAAUAUCAUCGACAUCUACAUAUGUCACAAUUACUGCCCAUGUCCAACCAGGACAUACAAUUAUAAACUUGGCUAAAACUGUCUUAUUAGUGAAAACAGAUGACAUUUUUAGCUAAGUCUAAAAUAAAAUUAGGUUAAUUUAACUACGUUAUUAUUAAGUGAAUAAUCUAACCUGUCAUAUGCACUUUAAAAUCAAGAUUAAAGGUCCUAUGGUUUUGUAGUUCUGUUUCUCCCUAAAAAUCUAUCCAGAGAUGUUUGCUACAUAUUUGAGCAAUCCAGACAUGCUGCUGCAUUUUUAAAGUCCAUACAUCAUUACAACGAUUAUUCUUGAUUAUAAUUAAGAUUAAUUACUUUUACUCCACUAAGAAGCUUAAUAACUUUCAGGUUACAGGUGCACUAUGUAACUUUUCUGGUUGAGGUCCCACUAUUUGUUUGUCUCAUGUAUGUUUUUUCUUCACUUGGAAUUUUCCUCAAUGAGGCAUUACUCACUCAAGAAAACAUUUUUUGAAAAUUUUUCAGGAGCCUGUGAUCAAUACGAGUCCUAGUUAGUCUUUGACAAAACAAUGAGGGUGACUACCUGAAAAACUGUUUGCUAAUUCCUACUAGCUUAUGGCUGUAAUGUUAUUUGAGAAGGACUUGGUUAACAGCACAAAAUCGGCUCCACCUUUCUAGCUGAGUCAGUUCUAUGGUCAGAUUGUGUGAAAAUAAAGCUCAGAUUAAAGUCUAAUUUGAGUAACAGAGCUUCAGACACAGUAGUGUCUUUAGUUAGCAUAACACCUCCAGGGAAUGUUGAUGACAGCAGCUGCAAAGUAUCAAUAGGACCUUUAAUGUUGAUAUUCCUUUUUGUAUCCAU